AUGCUUGGUUAUAAACCAGAUUUCAAGUUGUUUUUCCAGGGGAUGGGGAAGCAAACUUGUAAUCGAUGCGGCAAACAGGUCUACCCUACAGACAAAGUCGGACCUCUGAAGGACUCAACGUUUUUUCAUCAAGGUUGUUUCAAGUGCUAUAUUUGCGGCACCCGACUGGCUUUGAAGACCUACUGUAAUAAUCGAAGCGAUCAAAGCGACAAGGAAGUCUACUGUGCGAAUCACGUUCCAAUCGCCAGCCCACACGAUCUACCGCUGCAGCGCAGCGGUGGUUCUCCAAUUGAAAAUGGCACUGGGAAAACAAGCAAUGGAUACAGACGGGAUGCUGGCCUGGAAGACAUGAAAAUCGCACACGCCAUCAAAGCAACACAAGUCGCCAAGCCGUACCCCAAGAUAGUACACAAAGGAGCUCGUUAUGCCGUGGAUUAUGACGCGCAAACUCGCCUUGAAUUGCUGCAUCGACGUGACGAAGAUAAAUUGUACGAAGCUUUCCAAAAUCAACGUACUAAGGAAAGCGAACAGUUUGAGUCUGAGACAAAGGAGGAAUGGGAGCGAGCGUUGGCGGAUUUUGCUCGAAAGUACGAGAAAGGUCAAGAAAACAUACGGAACAAAGACGACUUGAUACGCCAGUUGACCAUCAAAAGAGAAAAGAAACUCGAAACGCUACAUAACAAACGAAGAGAACGUGAGCGCCACCAAACAGCAGAAUUGGUUGACAGACAGGCACGCGAAAUGCUUGACUUAUUCAAACAGGCUCGAUCGGAACAAGCUGAUGGUCCAUACAGUAGUGCAGGUUAUCCGUCCACUCCCCCGCCACCGCAACCGCCGUCAUGCAGCAAACGUGAGAUCUACUCAUCCACAGAAUACUUUUCGUCAAUCGACGAGGUCGCCAUACAUUGCGCACGCAGUGAGAUGACCACGUUUACUGAUUUGAUUCGAGCUUUGACGAGUGAAGCAAGAAGUGACAUCGAUAUGGCAAGAGCGAUUUAUCGAUGGAUAACCAUAAAAAAUCUCAAUACGAUGAUAUUCGACGACUCAGUGGAGAAUGACACACCGAUGGGUCUCUUGCGUGGGAUUAAGUAUGGCACCGAAAGUUACCAUGUGCUUUUCAAGCGAUUAUGCAGUUAUGCUGGUCUUCAUUGUGUGGUGAUCAAAGGAUAUUCAAAAUCUGCUGGUUAUCAACCUGGAUACUCCUUCGAGGAUAACCGCUUCAGGAACACAUGGAACGCUGUCUACCUGGAUGGUUCGUGGCGUUUUGUCCAAUGCAACUGGGGAGCACGCCACCUUGUAAAUGCGAAGGAGAGCGAAUUUGAAAGCCGUUCUGAUGGCAAUCUUCGAUAUGAGUACGAUGAUCACUACUUUAUGACGGAUCCUGAGGAGUUCAUCUACGAAUUUCUCCCUCACGACCCGAACUGGCAACUACUCCCACGACCGCUCACGUUGAAACAGUUUGAGCGAAUUCCAUUCGUGAGAAGCUUAUUCUUCAAAUACGGCCUCACCUUUGUUGAUAACAAAUUGGAAAGCACUCUCUAUACUGACAAAACGGGUGCAACUUCAGUAGCGAUAAGAUUGCCAGAGAAGCCUGGCGACUCUCUGAUCUUUCAUUACAAUCUCAAAUUCUUUGAAUCUGAUGAAACUACCAUCAAUGGGUUGUCACUCAAACGAUUUGUCAUGCAAUCUGUGUCAAAUGGGGUGGUGACAUUCCGCGUCCACGCUCCGACCACACACCCUUUGCUGCUAGACGUCUUUGCCAACAGUGUUUCCUCUUCGCACUAUCUCACUGGACAGCCUAUUAAGUUUAAAAGUGUUUGCAAAUUCAAGGUGAGUACAAAAGGUGUAUUUACCAUACUGUAG